CUAGAACACCACCACUACAUCAUGAUAAGUGAACCUGUUGUUAAGGAAGAUGAUAAUAGAAAUGUUAAAAUGGCUUCUGCCAGAUACAUUCCACCAUAUAAACGUAACCAGCUAGCCGGGACCGUCGCCGAUGGUCAAUCGUUUCUUCCGCAAAGGGGCACCAGACAUCUCGAGGAGUCCUUCAGCCCUAGUGUUCUCAAAACCUCUUCAUCCGCCUGGAAUCACGGUAGUCUGGCAAACAGGGAACACAGCGGAAGAGUCAAGGAAAGGGAAAACGAUGCUUUCGCACACUUUCAUCACUCCAGCAGCAAAGACGACCGUCGAGGCUACCGUAAUCGUCGAUAUACUAGUGGUUACGCAGAAGAUGGUGUUAAGAGUAAUCUCGGUCGGCGGAGAUUCGCUUCGAGUAGUUACGGCGAUGGGAGAUCGCCGAUCGCCUCCCUGUCUGGAUUUGCGUCGAAGAAAGAGCCGACACAUAUGUCUAGUGAUCGUCUAGACUGGUCCCAGCCAGCGUCCAGAGGAGAUGGUACUUGGUUGAGACGUGGAGGUCGCAGGCCAGUCUGUGAAGACGCUCGAGAGAUCUUCGAGCAGAGUAACGCUAUGACGACUGGAAUCAAUUUCAACGAAUACGAUAAAAUUCCAACGGAGGUGUCUGGGAAGGGCGCUGCUGGGAUCGGCCAUAUUGAUUCUUUCGGCGAAGCGAAGCUAGAUGCAGGCAUAUUGAGAAAUAUUGAAAAAUGUGGAUAUACGAAGCCGACACCUGUGCAGAAGCAUGCUAUACCUGUUGUUAUGGCAAAACGUGAUCUGAUGGCGUGUGCGCAGACUGGGAGCGGCAAGACUGGUGCGUUCCUACUACCCACAAUUAACAGAAUGAUCGAGGAGGGGCCGCCAGCAUCAGUGAACAGCUCUGUGAAGAACGGUGGAAGGUGGAAGGCUUAUCCAGUGUCGCUGGUCCUUGCUCCUACGAGGGAGCUCGCGUCGCAGAUAUUCGAGGAAGCCAGGAAAUAUUGUUAUGGAACUGGUAUAAGAUCGGUGGUGGUAUACGGCGGAGCGGAGAUAAGAUUACAGCUCAGGGAAUUGGAAAGAGGCUGCGAUUUACUCGUUGCAACGCCGGGGAGAUUGACAGAUUUAAUCGAGAGGUACCGUAUAUCACUGAGCCAAGUCAGUUGCCUUAUUUUCGACGAAGCUGAUAGAAUGCUGGACAUGGGAUUUGAACCUCAGAUCAGACGUAUCGUUGAGCAAGAAGAUAUGCCUUCAUCUCGCACCAUGUUCUCUGCUACAUUCCCCAAGGAGAUUCAGCAGCUCGCGAGGGACUUCUUACAUGAUUAUAUUUUUCUCACGGUUGGCCGGGUUGGUUCGACGCACAGUUCAAUUCGACAAGUACUGAGAUAUGUGGAAGAUAGCGACAAGUACAGAGACNNNNACUCCUUCGCUUCAUCAUAG